UAUUAACAAUAAUUUGGUGGCCCCCUGCAGUAACUCUGAGGACCCCCUCUUGAAGACCUCUAGAGUCCCCCUAUACCCAACUUGUAACUGGAACGCGAUCAAGGUCAGUCGCCUACAUAUCCCAGAAUUCUGAGCAACCGUUUAUUUGGACUGAACCUGUUGUGCUGCGCUCUUUCAGCACCGGGACUGCCCAGCGAGUUUUACAAUGCAGCCCUUUCAGUCGUUAUUCUUUUGCUUCAAAUUAAUUACAUGUUUGGCUGAAUCUACGUGGUUUACGGAGAAGAAAACAGUAACGUGAAAUGGAGAUCACUCGAAACAGGCCGUCCUUGUAUGGAGAAAUCGCUCAUGGUCUUGGAUUCUGGACGGGCCGAUCAGCAGUGCAUGAGGCCGCUGCACAGGGCAGGGCCCUUCAGCUACAGCAGCUGAUUGAGGGAGGUGCAGCAGUUAACAUCGUGGCAGUCGACUCCAUAACCCCCCUGCAUGAGGCGUGUAUACAGGGACAGACCCAAUGCGUCAGACUGCUGCUGGACGCUGGUGCACAGGUUGAUGCUCGUAAUAUAGAUGGCAGCACUCCGCUGUGUGAUGCCUGUGCAGCUGGUAGCCUUGAAUGUGUCAAGCUGCUGCUGGAGUACGGAGCAACAGUUAAUCCUCGGCUGUUUACCUUCUCCCCACUUCACGAGGCUUGCAUGGGAGGGAAUUCCGAUUGUGUUCAGCUUAUGAUUAAUCAAGGCGCUUUCAUGGAGGCCCAUGACUGCCAUUAUGGGACACCGCUUCACGUAGCCUGUGCACAGCAACAUUUUGACUGCGCAAAAGUUCUCCUCAUUGCAGGGGCAAAUGUUAAUGCUGCCAAGAUACAUGAGACGGCCCUUCAUCAUGCAGCCAAAUCAAAGAGCAUUGACCUGAUUGAUCUACUCGUGGAGUUUGGGGGGAACGUGUACGCCAGAGAUAACCUGAACAAAAAACCCAUCCAUUACACGAGUCCAGGAUCUCCCCCUUAUCUCUGCCUUGAGUUCUAUGAGAAUAACCCCCUCAGUCUACAGCAGAUCAGCAGAGUGGCUGUGAGAGGGGUGCUCGGCACAAGAGCAUCUGAAGUUGUUUUCAAACUGGGCUUGCCCAAUCGCAUCAUAAGUUUUCUUUCUUACAUGCCACCUCCAGUUAUCGAAAUUUAAGCACCAAUGGGAAACUUAACAGUAUACUAAUAUUUCUGCAUUAAAAUGUCUAAAAAUGACUGUUAUAAAUGUAUAUUUUAAGUUGCUUACAUAAAUUAUCCAAAAUGUUUCUAACAAUGUUCAAACCUAGAGGAAUCUCAUUUUAAUCAAUGACACUGACCAUGUCUUUUGGUCGCCUGUCAAUGGUGUUAAAUAACCUUUGACCCCUCUAAUUGCUCUAACUUCUGUCAAAACACGGGAAACACCAGAUGAUAUGUUCAAGAGUAAUUGUAUAUCAUACAAUGUCAAAGGAUUGUACUCAGUAACAGUAAUACAGCAUUUUUUUGCUACAAAGCAUCAUUUUUAUAUUAACUACAUGCCGUUUUGCAACACAGUAAUACAGUAAAGACCUAAUUUAUUAAUAUAUUUCAAUAUCGAUCCAGCUUACUACAGUGUGCUACUUUAACAAGUUGCUAAUGCUUGGUGGCUAAACCGUACCUUAACGUUAUAAGGUUACAACAACAUUGAACUCGCUCAUAUAGUUAUUUUUAGUAUGAUUGUUUUUACCGUGGUUAACAGUGCUAGGCUUAUCCAUGAAUAAAGUAGCCACGUAACAUUAUAUAUUGUGAUAUUGUGAUUUUAGCGGCUGUCUAAUGUUCGCUUGCUUGCUGACAGUAAGCUACCACCACAAAUAGAAUCUAAGUAAUUAUGUGGGAAAAACUGCAGCUAUGCCAUGAAUAAACAUAAUGUGAAUAAAACAAUAGAUUAAAAACG